AUGAAGGUCCUCUUCAUUGGUGAUCUUAACCAGGAUCUCCUUGAGUAUCAGCAAUUCUCCCAGCGCCACCAAUGCAUCCAUUAUGAGAUCACCACCAAGGAAAAACUUCUCCAUGAUUUCGCUCACGAUUUGAAAGACAUUGACGCGAUAUACGGGGCGUGGCUUGGGUUUGUACCUGUGGGGGGUUUCCGGGGUGAAUUGAUCGAGGCUGCUCCCAAACUGCUUAAGGUGAUUCUGAUAUGUCUGGUGGGCUACGAUGGUUACGACGGUAAAGCGUUAGCGGAGAAGGGGGUGGUGUUGACCAAUGUCCCCAGUAUCGGCGCCGCGGAGCCGGUGGCGGAUCUUGUGACCUACAAUACCAUAAAUGCCUUCCGACAAUUUUCGACAUUUUCCAACCACCUCGGCGCCAACACUAACCACACAGUUUUUUUGCGGAAAUGGUUGGAUCAGCUGAAUCAGUUCGAUAGUGUUCGGGGCCAGCCGAGAGUGAAUGAUGUCAAUAAAUACGCCUUUGGCGAGAUGGUGAAUAAUCGCCCCGUGCUCAGUCCGCGAGGCCACGACGUCGUGAUUGUCGGGUUUGGCAAUAUCGGCCGGACCAUUGGUUCUCGUCUUGCUCAUUUGGGCAUGAACAUACACUACGUGAAACGCACUCCGCUUACGGCAGACGAGCACCAGCAAUUAGGUUAUAAUGCUGUCUACCACCUGCUGUUGCUGCUGGCAUCGUUUGCUGACCUAGUAGUGAUUGCGGCGCCAUUGACCCCGGAGACAAAACACUUAAUUAACCGCGAUCUGAUCGCGAUGAUGGACAAACCGUUCCGCCUCAUCAACAUCGGGCGCGGGCCUAUUGUUGACGAGGACGCGUUGGUUGAGGGAUUAAAGCAAGGCAAGGUACUUUACGCUGGUCUCGACGUGUUUGAGCACGAGCCCACGGUGACCCCCGAGUUGUUUGGCCGCAGCGACGUGGUGCUUACCCCUCACGUCGGUGCCCUGACCACGGACAAUUUUAAUUUUACCGCCAAGCGAGCCCUAGCCAAUCUCGAGUUGGUGCUUUCCGGCGAGUCAGCACUCGACCGGGUGAAUUAA